AUGUCGACUACUACUACUACUAUCACCCAACAGGCCGAGCGCAUCGUGCCGCUCAAUGUCGAGGCCAACAAGUACCCCGAGCCUCUGAAGGCAUCGGGAGCUCUCGAUAAGUUCACGUUUGAAGAGUCAACACCCGUCAUUGGACGCGAAUAUCCCAAAGUCAAUCUUGUCGACGACAUCAUCAACGCCCCAAACGCAGAUGAACUAAUCCGCGAUCUCGCCAUCACCAGUAUGUCACCUUCCCAGCCCCAGAGCUCAUCUCUAACAGUCCCAGUCUCCCAACGCGGCGUCGUUUUCUUCCGCGCCCAAGACAAUCUCACAGACGAACAGCACAAACAACUCGUCCACCGCCUCGGCCAGCUGACCAACAAGCCCAAGGACUCAACCCUCCACAUCCACCCUCUUCUCAACAGCACCAAUGAGUUCGGCGUAGACGACAAUGAAAUCAGCGUUAUUUCAUCAAACGUUGAGUUCUUCCAGGAUAGAAUCAAGGAUCGUGACGAUCGAAAGCAAGGCGCUGCGAGCUGGCACAGCGAUAUCCAAUUCGAGCAGUAUCCCGCUGAUUACACAAGUCUGCGACUCACAAAACUCCCGGCCGGAGGUGGCGAUACCCUCUGGGCUUCAGGAUACGAGCUAUAUGAUCGAUUCAGCGAUCCUUACAGAAAGUUCUUUGAGGGCUUGACUGCUACGUUUUCUGGCGAGGGGUUCUUGAGGGCACGAGAUGCGAGACCGGAUCAUUACAAGGUCUACGAGGAACCGCGAGGAAAUCCCGCCAAUAUCGGUGAUGAGCUCAAGGCCAUUCACCCCGUUGUUCGCACCAAUCCCGUAACGGGAUGGAAGUCUAUCUUUGCGAUUGGAAACUUUCCCAAGCGCAUUAAUGAGCUGAGCGAGCGUGAGAGUAGAGAGAUCUUGGAGUCGCUGUAUAAGAGGAUUGAGCAGAACCAUGAUCUGCAGGUUCGCUUCCGCUGGAGAAGUCCCAAUGAUAUUGCGUUCUGGGAUAACCGCAGUGCAUUCCAUAGCGCGACGAAUGAUUACGAUGGUCUUGGUGAGCGCACGGGUCACAGGGCUGUCGGCAUUGGCGAGAAGCCUUACCUCGAUCCUAACAGCCUGUCAAGGACCGAGGCACUGAAGAGAGCUUAG